CCUACAUUAGUAUACAUAAUAUGACCACAAUAUGACCUGAGUUUCCUUUCUUUAAGGUUACACCUCAGCGACCUCUCCAAUCAACGCGUUGCAAACCAUGCCACUAAAGUUGAAGCAACACAUCUUUCUUUCAUCGAGCCUCUCAAUUUGAAUUGUAGGCACGCACCAACUCCAACUCCAAUCACGAUACCCUUACUAUCCCAAUCCGCCAAUCUAUGUUUAACCAGCCUAGCCUGCCAGCCUGCCAGCCUAGCUAGUGCAUUGACCAUAAUUCAUCGUCCCACUUGCGACCUUACCAACCUGAACAUUUUCCUUUACCUUGACUUUCGCAAUUACUAAAUUCAAGUAGAAACCUCGGGAUUCCUUCGCGAAGGUGCUUGCUCUACUCCUCGAGUCCAACACACAACCCGUAUUGUCUCGCCCAUACGUAUACUCGGCGCACCUCAUGAUUCACCCUUAAGACAAAGUAGUACCUAAACCGAACAGCUCCCGCCCACCCCUCCAAGAUCGUCGUCCUUCGACUGCGCAUCCCUAGUUCCUAUACGCGAUGACAGCGCACACCUCGAUCAAUGGAAAUAUGGGAUCGGGCGGCAACGGUUUUAACUCCGAGAACAUGGCAGACCUGCCCAUGAUUCAUAGUGCUCUAGAAACGGUCCACAGUCCUUAUUCCUCCAACGAAGCCCGUAAAGACGCCCAGCUAUAUCUCGAACACGUGAAGAAUGACGAAAAAGCCUCGUAUUACGGAUUUAAGCUUGCCCUAGACAAAUCGCAAUCACCCGUAGUGCGACACUAUGCAUUAUCACUUCUCGAGCAUGCGAUCAAGCAUAAAUGGGCCUAUUAUACUCUGGAACAGGCUACGGCCUUACGAACCGGUGUUCUCGAGCUCUCCCAGAACGUAUCCCGAGACGACCCCGCCUAUUUGAGGAACAAAAUUGCCCUAUUAUGGGUUGAGAUUGCCAAAAGGAGCUGGGCCGGCGACUGGAUGGAUAUGGAUACGAUGCUCGUCCAACUAUGGCAGGUCGCAGACUCGGCGGUUCACAAAGAACUCGUCCUGUGUGUUCUAGAGAUGCUUUCAGACGACAUUUUUAAUGGGGACGACACUGUAGUAGCAGUCCGUGAGGGUGUUCUUAGCAAGGCAUCCGUUGAGAUUUUUACACCCGCUGCCGUCCUAACAGAAACCUUCCCGAAUAGACAACCAGGACCGGACGUUCGAUGUGGGGAUGAGGGUUGGCUUGCCAGAAUUACAGAACUUCUAAGCCAGUGCUUAUCUGGAGACGUACAAAACAAUGCGGAACUGCGAGGCUGCGCUAUACGAGCCCUCGCCGUCCUCUACUCCUUAUUGCCCUGGGUCAUCCCUAAUGCUGUGACUGCGACUCAGUGUGUACCGGUCAUGUGCGAAGGUCUUCGCGCGUCCAACAUCGACGUCCAAAAGGCAUCUCUAGAAGCAAUGCACUCCUUGUAUGCUCGCACGAGCUUUGUCGACCAGGAGUUUUUAGAUCUCGUUGUUCCGUUAUAUGGCAGCAAGUACGUAGACUUAUUCAGACGACUCUUCGAAUGGUCGAUAGUCGACCCUGAAGACAUUGACGAUGAUAAAUAUCAGUUCGCUAAGAAACUGUCUGAGGUGAUUUCGUUCCUUGGAACAUACAUGGAUCGUCGUUUUAACGUUCUACCAAACGACCCAGACCGAAUUGAUUUCCAAGGAUUUCUACAAUUACUUCUCCUAAUUACCCAAAGUCAAAGUCUAGUAGUGUCAAUUCCCGUCCUCGUGACGUGGACACGCCUUCUGAACAACCGCUCUCUCGGACCAAACAUCGCCGAUGUGCCCACCUUCAUUGGACCACUGCUAGAAUGUUGUAGUUCAAGGCUAGUUAGAUAUGAAAGCCUGCCCGAAGAAACUCAGGAUCCCACGUUCUUAUUCUUACUAGAGGAUACGGAUACAAUUCCAGAGCGCCAUGCUUUCCUUGGCAACUAUCGCCGUUACAGUUCGCAAGUUGUUGAGAGCAUUGUUCAGCUAAAGAUCACCGAUGCAAUGCAACACAUUCUAGGGCAGACACAAAACAUCUUAAUACAUCUCUACGACAAUGGACCGCCGUUUGAUAUAGCGAAUUACUCCAAAACAUCUCAACCCGUCCUUCGGGUUGAUGCUCAAGCGACAGUGAUCGAAGCAGCUCUGAAGGGUUUCGGAAAAUGGCGAUCAACAAAUGAAAACGCCCAGGAACAGGAGAUUGUUGAUCUAGAGCAAAGCUUAGAGUCUUGGUGUAAUCGAUUGUUAGUGAUGAAGUUUGAGGAUCCCCUCAUUAGAAAGAGGAUAUUACAACUCCUUGUAGCUUUUUCGGUUAUGGCGCUUGAUAGGAACCCGAACUUUAUGUUAAAGGUUCUGGAACAUAUCCUCGUAACUUGGCCGGCCACUCAUCGCGAUUACCGGGUAUAUACCGAUGCGAUUAAAGAACUACAAGCGGAAAGCAUGGUUGAGUUGCAAAGACUCGCCGCGAAAAUGCCCGACCAUUUGCUUGAUGUCUAUGAUCAGAUAGAAGCAAAGGUGAACGAUAUGAUCGCCUCUGGAACUUUGGACGAGAAGCGUCAGAUUACAUACCAGACCUUCCUUUUCACCAUUGUUCACCGUUCUACACGGCUUGAGCAAGCCACAAAAGCCCAGAAACUGCGAGGGUUCAUUGAUCCAGUAGUAUCUCAAUGGCAGGAUGAUGGCCUGAAACGAGCAUUGUCUUCGUACGCGGGUUUUUGUGAGCUCAUGGCACUUGAUAAGGCCCAGGCCUAUUUAGCCCAGAAACAAAUGCAAAACAUACCCGACUGGGGCGCCGUGGAACUCGAUGCUGAAGGACAGGCCUUGCAAGCUGAACUUGAACAGCGACAAACUGUCCUCCCGCUACGGCCGACGAAAUCUUUCUUGACUUGUUCCGUCGAUAAGGUGGAGAAGGACACCGACCCAUAUCAAGUUUCAUGCGCACUAUGGCAAGAUGGAUUCCCCACGAUCCUCCCAGAGCUUCUCAAUUUCUUAAAUCAUGCACACGCGUCGCAUACCCCUGAUAAUUGGUCAGGACUUCCACCAGAGAUGAGAAGUAUUGUUGGCCGUGUCUUAACCGAUAGAUUCUGGCAAGCUGGCAUUUCUGAGGGCAGUAAAGAUGAAUUCUAUGCUCGCGUGCUGGAGAAGAAGUUCACUUUAGAGGGCCUUGCGUCUACUAUCCGAGGGUCUAUUCGAUUCGUACGAGAGUCGUGCUACGCGAUCAUCUACUGCAUGACGCGUUUGGACGUACAAUUCUACGGUUUUAGUGAAUUACCAGGACCUUUGGCCCAUGCUCUCCUGGCUGACUCAUUCAGUCUUUCGCCCCACCAGUUAAUUAACGUUCUUAAUUUGGUUAGAUACUUGGUGGACAACUGCCCAGUGCCUUUACGAGAUCAUUUCCUCCCGCCGAUUCUGGCCGCAUGCUGCCAGCAGAUGGACGCUAGAAUAAGCUCUGAAUGGGAGAAACUUGACCAACAGCAAGGGGUGAAAACAGGAGGAGACGCUCUCACGGAAGAAAUGAAAGCGGAGAGCAUUCUACGGCAGCUGACGUAUGCAUCGGUUAUGAUGAUCGCGGAUUUUCUAGAUCCAGCUAGGAUCAAUACACCCAUCCCAUCUCUUGAAGAGAAUGGAGGAAGGAAUUAUCCUACACUACGAGAAUUUUGUCUAAUGCAUUCCUCCAUUGUAGAGCCAUUAUUGUUGUUCUGCACUCAUGCUAUUCGUUGGCGAGACUCGCGGUGCUGCGGCAUAAUGUUGAGAGUUUUCCGGUCUAUCAUUCCGGAAUUCGCAAGAGCCCCGGGAGCCAAGCAGCGUGUCGAUACGGCACCUAUACCACCGGAUACGGCGGCUGCUAUCCGAGAGUAUAUAUCGUCGGAUGUUGUCAAGGCUUGUAUUACAUCAAUUCACGAGCCGUAUUUUGUUGAGUUGCAGAAGGAAUUUGCUUCUCUCGUUGCCACGAUUGUGGUGACCUAUAGUCCUCAUACGGCGACGGCACGAGAUGUGCUCAUUUCGCUUCCCAACAUGAAGCAAGCUGAUGUGGAUGGCGGCAUAGAAUACAUGAUGAGGAGUGGAACAAGCUCCCGCGGCCAACGAGCAGUCAUUCUCCAACUGUUGGGCGAUCUAAAGGGGGUAAGCGUCUCGGAGAUGGGCAAGUUGAGCAAGAGCAUUGGAUGGACCUCGAUGAACAAGGCCCCCGCUACGAAGAAACCGGUGCGAAGCAAAAUGGCCCAGCAAUUCAUGACUGCUCCGUUGUCCGGACAUAACCCUACAAGAUCAGAGGCCACCGAGAACGGCCGAGAUGAGAGAAAUGCCGACAAUUUAGAAGGCGUUGCUAACCUUUUUGAAUCGUAAGAUUCGAUAAGAUGACGUCUUUGAAAAAAAUUAGAUUCGGAUAUUAGACUAAAUGUGGUCGGCCUAUUCUCUGCAAUCAGGCUAGUAACAGUUGUAUAAUGAACUCCUGUAGUUGGUUUCGGGAUAUCACCAGGAGCGAAUGCAUUUGCACGGAGUGGUGGAUUGAUUUGGCCAAACUAUUGGUCACACCUGGACGACACCAGCGAUAAGACAAGGUUUCAUUUCCAAAAACCCGGGUCUAUACAAUUGUACUUUAGAUCUAGUUGAUUUGUUACCUACUAGACUAAGAAGGUCGGCAUACUUCUGGAUUGUAGUAAUACAAUUAAGUUAGACAAGUAACCUAUAUAGCAGUGAAAACUAAGUAGAGUCAGACACCUUUCGUGAUGGUUGUAAGAUGAUACACCGGAUAUUUUUAAACUGGCGGACUCAUGAUAUCGUAACAAUAUUAUACAGCUACUUAGGUACAUACUGGGGUGGUGAUUAUGUAAUCCUACGGAUUUGAAC